ACGCUGACAGCCACCAUUCAAGAAUCGAUUCUGAUCUUCACAACGACUAUCCUCCAUCGUCACAGUGAAUUUGUUUCCCAGUCGUAAUCGGAUCGCGUUGGCAAACGGACGUCAAUAGCGGAGCAACGAUUUUCAAUUGAACUCAACUGAAUGAACUGAACCGAAGUGUGAGCUGAGUAGAAAUUUAACGAUCGUGGUGUGCGCGCAUAUCAGCUGAAAAUAAUAAUACAAUAUAAUAAAUAAAAUAAUAAAAACAAAAACUGCAAAAGAUCAGAAAAAUAUUUUAAAAUUUAUAUAUAUACAAAUAUAUAUGUAUGUACGUAAUUAUGAUUUAUAUGUACAUACUAUAUAAUGAGGAAAAGAUUAAAUUUUGAUAUUUGCUCAGCGGCGAAACAAAGUACAAAGAUCGCACAAAAAUAACGGGUUUAUUAUAAGUAAAGAAUAUAAAUGUAAACUGAGUGUAAAAUUCUCAAAAUAACAUUUUAAAGAAAAGUACGAAAAAAUACUUGUGGAAAAACCUCGCAAAAAAAAAAUAUUAUAAGCGUGCUCGAAACGACUUGAAAACAACAAAAAAUUAAACACAAAGCAAAAAAGUCGGCGAAAAAUAUUUUUUUAACGGUAAUUCUUACAAUUUCUACUGUAAAAGUAGAUUAAUGCAAGUGUUAUAUUGUUGUUGUGCACUGUGCGCUGUAUGGAUGUCAAAUGUUAACGGUAUAUAUUUGCAUAUUCAUACAAAAUAAAUUUCCAACCGAUUGUAGUGUAAAUUGAAAUUGAGUUCAGCGCGUUAGACGGACAUAAAUUGAAGGCAUUACCUAAGCAAGAAUAAAAGCAAAAUAGUGAAGACAUUACCCGAGUAAAACCAAAACAAAAAAUAACAGUAAAUAUAUAAUUUUUGCAAUUCCAAAACUGGAAAAUAAUAAUUUACUAAAAAGUGAUAUUUUAAAUUUUUUUUAUAAAAAAAAUCAAGUAAAAAAAUUACGGCAAAAACUAGAUUUUUUCUAUCAACUACUUUUCACACAUUAACUGUUAGCCGAAACUCACCACGGAAAUUCCGCGCAAUCGUGCAUUAACACGUUGAAAAGCCGCAAUCGUGCGAAAAACCCGCGACUUAAACGAAAACAGUUAUCUAUUGCCUGCAAACAGCUCGUCUAGGCGGAAGCCCCUGCCUCAGCGACAGAGUUUUAGUUCCGAGCAAAAUAUCAAAAAAAAAAAUAUUCAAUUUGUGUUAGUAGAUUGAAAAAGUAAAGCAGAAAAAAACAAAAACUAAGUUUUAUAAUUAUUUGACUGUAUAAUCGGUCACUCGUCGCAGUGACAACGUGCAAAAACAAAACAAAAACAAAAAUAAAAACGAAUUGAAAACAUUUUGAAAAACGCAAAAACCAGUUCAAAACAUAAAAGCUACACAUCUAUCGUGCCAAAAUGGCAUCGUUUGUUUAUGCAGUUUGGAGUAUUACGAAUGUCGCAUCGGUGCAUUGCGCCGUGCGGCCCGAGCUAUCGCCCUGUACCUGUGAACCGAUCUAUGCCGACAACUAUGUGGAGUUGUCGUGCGAGAAGGUGGACUCGUUCCAUAAAAUUGUCGAUGCCCUGUCGAAUAAAUUUGAACCGGAAGUUAAUAUAAGCUUAAAAAUAUCACAUUCACAACUUGAGGACUUGGAAAUGCGCUCGUUUAUGGAAAUGAAAUUAAAGUUGGUUAAAUUGCGUUUACAAUGGAAUUCACUGAGAUCGGUGCCUGAGUUACCUUUUCGAGGGUUAUCAAACGUGGAGUAUCUGAGUAUAGGCGACAAUGAACUCGAAGAGAUCCCUAAGCACAUGCUGAAUCACAUGCCGAUCGUGAAAACAUUCGAUAUGGGACGCUGUCGCAUACGUUCGGUACUGCACGAUGACCUCAAGGGCACACAAAUGGUGGUGAAUCUCUUUUUGCCGAGCAACAAUAUAAAACGUUUGGAUAAGGGCGCAUUUCCGACCAGUCUGGUCACGUUGCAUCUCGGGCGCAAUCAAAUCGAGAAUCUCAAUAGCACGUUGCGGCAUCUGGACAAAUUGGAAUCGUUGUUUAUAAAUAUGAAUCGAAUUAGCAGUUUGGAUGAUGAAUUGCCGGAAUCGAAUCGUUUGAAAUUGAUUAUGGCACAGAAUAAUCGUUUGGAACGCUUGCCGGAGAGCAUGCGCUACAUGCACAAGUUGGAGAAUCUACAUGUACAACACAAUCUCAUACGCACAUUUGAUGGCAUCUUCAAGCAUGCGCGUAAUUUGAAUGAAUUCCACGCUUUCAACAAUGAGAUCGAGUAUUUGCGUCAAGACGACUUUCUGGAGUGUAAAAUGCUGGAGGACAUUGACUUCUCGGUUAAUCACAUCAAGUCAUUGAAUAGUUCAUUGCUGCCACUGAGUCGUUUGUAUCGCGCCAAUAUUUCCUACAAUGAAAUCGAGGAGUUCUCCAUGAAUGAGAUACGCGGUUUGGUCAUGUUGCGUAAUCUAAUUUUGAACAACAAUAGAAUCAAGCGCCUCACCGGUCACCAGGAGAACAACAUUGACCAGAAUUCGUACUUGUUCGAGUUGUAUUUGGAUCACAAUGAAUUGAAGUCUUUGGAUGGCGCUCUAAUGGGUUUGAAUAGCUUACGCAUACUAAGUCUGUCCUACAAUCAACUGGAACGUAUUUUACCGGAGGACUUUAUCGGUUUGGCUAAGCUGGAGCUGUUAGAUUUGUCGCACAAUCAACUAUUGACGCUGAAGGAAAUGGAAAGGACAUUCCUUCCGAACCUCAAAAUCUUAAAGGCCGCCUACAAUAACAUAACCCGACUGGAGAAGGACUUCCAUGGCCUACCCGUACUGUGUCAAGCCAACCUAACCAGCAAUCAAAUAUCGUCGAUAUCCUCGGAGUUAGUUUCGCAAACGAGAUGCAUGACCCACAACGUACCCGGCAAAUUGGAGUUAUAUUUAAAUGACAAUCCAAUACUUUGUGACAGUCGUCUCAACGAACUCUGCCCCAUCAUGCUGAAGCAAGAGACACGCAUUCGUGGCAAAUCACAAUGCUUCGAAAUUGACCAAGAAAUCUGCACCGUGUUGCCAAUGCUGUUCGUCAAUAAAUAUCCACUGAUUAUACCAACGCAGUUGAGUCAACAAGUGCUGGCCAAUGCCAAGCCGGUCGUUAUAGUGCCACUACUCAAUCCACCAUUGAAUAACGGUGAUGAAGUGUUGCCACCUUUAAUUGCACCGAUUAUAAAACCGAUACUAAUCGCACCAUUGCCACCACUGGCGACGACUACACCUUCAACAACAACAACAACCACUGCUACCACCACCCUCACAACCACAGCUGAAACUCACACUGGCGAGCAAGUAGCUACGCUGGAAGCGCCCACAUCCACUUUGGAAACAAAUGAAACUGGCGGCAUCGAAGAUCUAACUGCAGGAGUGGGCAAUAUCAAUCCGGGUGAAGGCAUUAAUGUCAACGCCAACAACACAAUAACGGCAGCACCGAACACAACCAAAGACAAGCCGAAUGCAGUUGACUUCAACAACAACACCAUGGAGACACACGCUGCUGAAGGAGAUGUCACAGUUGAUGAGAAAGCACCCGCCGCAGCUGGUGAUAGCGUAAGUGGAAUACAAGCUACGGCCGCGGCACAUGAGGGAACACUACUGACGGCACAUGAUAUCUCGGAAUUGACUAAAAUCGUUGGAGCACCAGCAGUUGUGGCACCGCCGCCAACUGUGCUCGACGAAGUGUUGGUCGGCAAGCCAUUGCCGCCAGAGACGGCAUCGUUGGCGCCACCAACUGAGUACGCAACUGUUGAAUAUAUACCGAAUUUGGAUGAAUUCCUACCGGGAAAUCGUCCGCCACCGAAUGUACUCGAAGAGGAUUCGAAUUCGAAUUCGGUGCAUGAAGAAUUCCCAUCGGUCGUGUUGGCCGAUCUCGAUAAUGCACCGCAAAGUCUACUAACACCGGAUGAACCACCCGAAAAUCCGUAAAUGUUAGUCACACACACACACACACACACAACAUAUUAUAUUACAUCUACAUUAUUAAAAUUUAAGUUUUCAAUUCCCCUCCCUCCCACUCUCUCUCUCUCUAUCUCUCUCUCUCUCUGUCUAUCUAACUAUCUCUCCUACUAUUGUGCUGUCUACUAUGUCCCACUUCAGGUUAAUUAUAAAUUAAUUUAAUUUUGAUUACCGCAUUUAGUUUUAGUAGUUGUUAGUUGCAAUUAAUAUUAUUAUAACGGUUUGUUUCAAAUACGCAUAUAAAUACCCACACAUGCACAUCCGAAAUCCAUAUCACGCACGCACACAAACAAACACACAUACGCACGCACUCAUAUACAAUUUAAAUAAGCUCAAUUUGCACUUACACACUCACAGCCACAUACACAUACACACAUACGCAGUGCAAACACGACCAUUUUCUAUUUUUAUUUUAAUGUUAAAAAUAUUACAAGAUUUAAGUUAUUAUUUUUUUAAUUUUAAGUUACUGUUCCACUUGACGUAGCGAUUAAAUGUGAAGUAAUAAAUGUAAAAGAAGAAAGAAAAACACAAAAACAAAAACAAAACGAAACAAAAUAUGCAAAUAGGUAGUUCCAAAAGUGUAAUAGUGAAUUAACACGAAAUAUGUAUGUUAUGUAAAUGUUGAUUUAUUGUGACUAAAAAUUACAUAAGUUUAAAUUUGUGAUUAUGCCAAAAUUUAUUCACUUCUAUAUACAUAUGUAUACAAUAUAUAUACUCAUGUGUUUGUAUGUAUGUAUUUAGUGAUGGUUUACGUACACCUUCAUAUGUAUGUAUGUUUAUGAAAUCUACUUCUGGUAAAUAUAAACGAUUAGAAAUUCAUUAUUUUAUUGAGCAGAAAUAAAACUUAUAAGUCAAACAUUAA